AUGGUGCCCGUGAAAAAGCUUGUGGCGAAGGGGGGGGGGGGGAAGAAGCAGGUUUUGAAGUUCACCCUUGAUUGCACCCACCCUGUAGAAGAUGGGAUCAUGGACGCUGCUAAUUUCGAGCAGUUCCUCCAGGAGAGAAUCAAGGUGAACGGCAAAGCUGGGAAUCUCGGCGGAGGGGUUGUGACCAUCGAACGGAGCAAGAGCAAGAUCACUGUCACUUCCGAGGUGCCUUUCUCCAAAAGGUAUUUGAAAUAUCUCACCAAAAAAUAUUUGAAGAAGAACAAUCUCCGAGACUGGUUGCGUGUUGUCGCCAACAGCAAAGAGAGCUAUGAGCUGCGUUACUUCCAGAUUAACCAGGAUGAAGAGGAGGAGGAGGAUGAGGAUUAA